GCUGUCAGGUAAGGCGCUGGCGAGCCGGUGGCACAGAGUACGCUGCUGUCAUGACUGAGGGCACGUGUCUGCGCCGUCGAGGGGGACCCUAUAAAACCGAGCCAGCCACUGACCUCACCCGCUGGCAGCUCCGCAAUGAGCUGGGUCGGCAGAGAUGGACGUAUUUCCAAGCGGAGGACGACCCUGGUCGAGAACAGUCCGGGCUAGAGGCCCACUCUUUGGGACUGGACACAAAGAAUUAUUUCAAAGACUUACCUAAAGCUCAAACAGCCCAAGAGGCGGCCCUGAAUGGAGUAACAUUUUAUGCCAAGCUGCAGGCUGAGGAUGGACACUGGGCGGGUGAUUAUGGUGGUCCUCUCUUCCUCUUGCCAGGUCUCCUGAUUACAUGUCAUGUGGCACACAUCCCUCUGCCAGCUGGAUACAGAGAGGAGAUGGUGCGGUACCUGCGGUCAGUACAGCUUCCUGAUGGUGGAUGGGGCCUGCAUGUUGAGGACAAGUCCACAGUGUUUGGGACUGCACUGAACUAUGUGGCUCUCAGAAUCCUGGGUAUUGGGCCUGAUGAUCCUGACCUUGUACGUGCUCGGAACAUUCUUCACAAAAAAGGUGGUGCGGUAGCCAUCCCCUCCUGGGGGAAGUUCUGGCUGGCCAUCCUGAAUGUUUAUAGCUGGGAAGGACUCAAUACCCUAUUCCCUGAGAUGUGGUUGUUUCCUGAAUGGUUCCCUGCCCACCCCUCCACCCUCUGGUGUCACUGCCGGCAGGUCUAUCUGCCCAUGAGCUACUGCUAUGCCACUCGGCUAAGUGCCUUAGAGGAUCCACUGGUUGAGAGCCUCCGCCAGGAGCUCUAUGUGGAAGAUUAUGCCAGCAUCGAUUGGCCAGCACAGAAGAACAACGUGUCCCCUGAUGAGCUGUACACACCACACAGCUGGCUGCUGCAUGUGGUGUAUGGACUCCUCAACCUGUAUGAGCGUUUCCAUAGUACCAGCCUGCGGCAGCGGGCCAUCCGAAUGCUGUAUGAACAUAUUGCUGCCGAUGACCGGUUCACUAAGAGCAUCAGCAUUGGCCCGAUCUCAAAAACCAUCAACAUGCUUGUUCGUUGGUCAGUGGAUGGGCCAUCUUCCUCUGCCUUCCAGGAGCAUGUCUCUAGGAUCCCAGAUUACCUUUGGCUGGGCCUUGAUGGCAUGAAAAUGCAGGGCACCAAUGGAUCACAGGUCUGGGAUACCUCAUUUGCUAUCCAAGCACUGUUGGAGGCAGGUGCACACCAUAGACCUGAGUUUUUACCCUGCCUGCAGAAGGCUCACGAAUUCCUGCGGCUUUCACAGGUCCCAGACAACUUUCCUGACUAUCAGAAGUAUUACCGCCAGAUGCACAAGGGUGGUUUCCCCUUCAGCACACUGGACUGUGGCUGGAUCGUUGCAGAUUGCACAGCCGAGGGUUUGAAGUCUGUGCUGCUCCUGCAGAAGCAGUGUCCCUCAAUCAGGGAGCACGUCCCCCGUGAGCGGCUCUGUGAUGCUGUGGCUGUAUUGUUGAGCAUGAGGAAUUCUGAUGGAGGAUUUGCUACCUACGAGACCAAGCGUGGGGGGCAUUUGCUGGAGUUGCUGAACCCCUCAGAGGUCUUCGGAGACAUCAUGAUUGACUACACAUAUGUCGAGUGUACCUCAGCAGUGAUGCAGGCUCUGAAGCAUUUCCAUGAACACUGUCCAGACCAUAGGGCAGCAGAGAUCAGAGAGACCCUUCAGCAAGGCCUGGAGUUCUGCCGAAAGAAGCAGAGAGCUGAUGGCUCCUGGGAGGGCUCCUGGGGGGUUUGUUUCACCUAUGGCACCUGGUUUGGCCUGGAAGCUUUUGCUUGCAUGGGACACACCUACCAAGAUGGGACUGCAUGUGCAGAAGUGUCUCAGGCCUGCAACUUCCUCCUGUCCCAGCAGAUGGCAGAUGGAGGCUGGGGGGAGGACUUCGAGUCCUGUGAGCAGCGGUGCUAUGUGCAAAGUGCCAGGUCUCAGAUCCAUAACACAUGCUGGGCCCUAAUGGGCUUGAUGGCUGUCAGGCAUCCCGACAUCUCUGCUCAGGAGAGAGGAAUUAGAUGUCUGCUGGAGAAGCAGCUCUCCAAUGGAGACUGGCCUCAGGAGAACAUCUCUGGGGUCUUCAACAAGUCCUGUGCCAUCAGCUACACAAGUUAUAGGAACAUCUUCCCCAUUUGGACCCUGGGUCGCUUCUCCAACCUGUACCCUGACAAUACCCUCGCUGGCCACCUUUGAACAUGUGUGUCUGUCUGUGCUGCCACUAGCCAGCAUCAUCACCAUACAGGUCCAGGCGAGGCUGGGGUUCUUGGCUAGGUGAAAUGAGCCUUCUUAGCCCUGCCCUAGGCCUUGUUUUCUAUUUCUAUAGAUGUGAGGCUGGGGAUAGGGUCAGGGUUGGUGUCUUUAGGUGCUUGGCAAUAUAGGUUUAGUUCUGAGAGUAGCUUCAGUGAGAAAGGGAAUGGGAUAAACCUUGAAGUCCAAGGAGGCGCAGUGCACUGUGCAGCUCCUGGGUGCGUCCUUCUCAAGGGAGUGAGGUGUAGGGUUUUCAUGACCAGUGACCUCCCCGGGAGGAGAGCAGCUGGCUCCUUCAUCUCCUCCUUUGUCUACUGUGUAAUGGGCCUCUGCCCAGACUUGUGUAUGCUGGGCUGGGGCAGUUAUGGCAACCCUAUGGUGCUGGUAUGCUCAGAGAAAGGCUCAGUGGGGAGUGAGACUGGACCCUUGUUCACUGUGUACUACUGAGUGGUGGCUCUUGUCCCUAGGAACUCCCAGUCAUGACCAGAUCAUCGUAUGAAAUAACCAGUUUUCCAGAAAGGAAAGGCAAACUUUUAUACUAAAUGUGUCAUUCAAAGUCAUUUAAAUUCACUGACUCCCAUAAUAAACAGACAUUCUGGGGCUGGAAUGAUGGCCCAGCAGUAGAGAA